GAGUAAUAAAGACAACUCCAACGUGUAUUUUCUCACCCUCCUCCUCUCCUUUUUACGCGCCUUCCUCUCUCCCACCCCCGCGGCUUUUCAGUGCGCUCUCAUCCUCGGCGCGGCUCGUGUCUCUGCCUACUCCCGUGCGUAAGAGCGCACAGAUGGACAUGGAUGCGCUCCUGAGAGCCUGUGGAAGCCUCUCUGGAAGGGCGCGUUGACGCGCGUCAGGAGGGGGGGUGUUGUUUCCAUGAAUCUGUUCUUCUUCUUCUCUUUUUGCCUUGUUUCUGCACGAUGGCACGUCCGUGAAGAUGCUCAUCCUUGCGCGUUACGGAGCGCGCGUUGCCGGACUUUCCCGCCUGUCAUGAGCGUGCGCCUUCCCGCGUCUGUCCAAGUCUUUCCGCGCGAGCACGAUGACAGGGAAGGACUUUCUGCUGGGCUUUCUGCUGCUCAAACUUAUGGCUCUGGUGUGCAAGGCUGACGGGGAGCCGGGACUCCUCGGCGGGUUCGUCAUGAUCGCCACCUCCAACGGCUCCCGCGAGGAGAGCGUGUCCGAGGAGACGCCGCACACCGAGGACAACUGCCGGGGCUACUACGACGUGAUGGGCCAGUGGGACCCGCCGUUCAUCUGCAAGACGGGCAACUACCUGUACUGCUGCGGCACCUGUGGCUUCCGCUUCUGCUGCUCCUUCAAGCAGUCGCGCCUGGACCAGAGCACCUGCAAGAACUACGACACCCCGCUGUGGAUGAAGACCGGACAGCCGCCCUACAAGAAGAUGAAGAAGAUCCGGGAGAACACCAAAGACAAGACCAACCUCAUCGUCUACAUCAUCUGUGGAGUAGUGGCCAUCAUGGCCCUCGUGGGGAUUUUCACCAAACUGGGUUUGGAGAAGGCGCACCGGCCCCAGAGGGAGAACAUGUCCAGGGCCGUAGCCAGCGUGCUGCAGGGCGGGUGUCCAGGUGAGCAGUACCGGGGGGAGGAGGCCCUCGGGAUGCACUCGCAGCACUUUGUCUCCAGGGCUGCAAACAUCCAGGGUGGCCAGAUUAACAACAAUGUGGCGGCAGGCGCCAGCGUUGGCCAGCAGCACCCCUACCCCGCUCUCAGCCAGCUGGCUCACGUCUACGAACAGCAGCAGCAGCAGCAGAACAAGGAUCUCAACAAGUACGCCUCCCUGAAGGCUGUAGCUGCCAAGUACAACGGAGAACUCUACAACAAGCGCCGUCUGAUGGUCGAGUUGCCGUCAAAAGGCGGCCUUCCCCUUCAGCCGAUGGGCAACUCCCGACCGUCGAUGGGCAACAUGUCCUCCAUGACUCCUCCAAUGACCAACAACCCCAUGACCUCCAACCCCAUGAGCUCCAACGCCAUGAACCCCACCAUCACGCAGAUGACUUCAAUGGCGCCCAUGACGUCCAUGACGCCCAUGACUUCGCUCACGCCGAUGACCUCCAUGACUCCCAUGACCUCGUUGGGUCCACUGACUCCAGAACCGGUGGCGACUUACGUCACCGAGAUGCCCAGCAUCUCCGCCGUCUCGACCCUCCCGACAGAGAGGCACAUAGCGGGUGGCGUGGGAGGGGGACAUAAGCCGAAUGGCCAGAAACCCAAAGUCGGUCACGGUCAUGUGGGCCACAGCUCGCACAGUCACGCCCACAGCCACAGUAACAAGCACACGGGACUCGGGGCCGCCUCCCUGGCUCACCUGUCAGGGACCAUGCCAGGCGGCACCUCCCUGGGCAUCUCCAGAGCCGCCGAGACCGCCUUUGGCUCAAACUCGGCCACGAUGGGCCGCCCGAUGGCGUACAGCUCCAACACCAUCGCGGCCGGGCAUUCGGCGGGGUUUGGACUACGGGGCUGGGACGGGACUGAAACGGUGGGCAGGAGGAAGAGCUACGGGCACAAGAGGCCUCAGUGCACCGUCCUGGAGCCCAACCAGCUCCACACGUCCAGGGGCCACAGCCACAGCCAGCACUUCCUCCCCACACAGCCCUACUUCGUGACCAACAGCAAGACAGAGGUGACUGUUUGAGAGCAGACGGAGGCGGGAGAGUCUGCAUGUCCGUUCGUGUGAAGAAGUUCAGUGGUUCGUGUUUAAGAAACAGAGCUCACCAAUCACUCCACAGACCUUUGUAGUCGACGGGACGGUUUCCAAACUGGUGGUAACUAUGGCAACACUCCUGGCUGUAGUUCUGACGAUCUGAGAGGGUAAGGAGUGGAUUGGCUGAGCGAACUUGAGAAGCAAUAGAAUGAAUCAGACAGGAGAGGAAACGGUUCCCUCGUGAUUCGCCGACAAAUCUCCGGAGGACUUUUGGGUUCUGGACUUGGCAGACUCCAUGGAGUUCAGCCCUGAUCCGGUCUGUGAGGUGACAGCGUGCUGGGGGGGGUGGCGUCUAGGAGCUUAUCAAACACACACAGCAGGAACAUCCCGAGGAAUACAGUAGAUCCGACUCCAACAGGCAGCUACGUCCAGAAACAGAAACAUUUAAAAAGCAAUUCACACAA